AUGCCUGCUCCUCGUGUCACGAACAUGACGGCCAUCAAGCCGCUGCCAACCGGGGGCGCUCCCGCACCCUCCUUCUCCUCCAGCGGCGCCACAUCGGGCGCCUCCUCGCCCGACCACUCCGUCGCCAGCACCAGCACCACCGCCAGCACCAACCACUUCAUGCACUCGCCGCCGCCCGCUCCUUCGUACGCGCAGCCGAUGCCGACGAACCUUAGCUACGGCCUGGGCCUGGGCUUGGAUGGGGCCAUGGGCUCGCCACUGGCCCGCGGCAGUAGCGUCGGUGGCGUUGGUAGUGGCGGUGGUGGUGGUGCGACGGCGGCCAAUGCGUCAGACCUGCUGCUGUCGUUCCUCACGCAGACGGUGCGCGAGAUGAAGGAGAAGAUCACCUCGCUCGAAGACGACAAUCAGCACCUGCGCACGAAGCACCGCAAGCUGAAGCGCCGGCUUAAGGACAACGACGAGCGGGUCGAGCAGCUCUUCAGCACCGUGGCCAACCUGGCCCAGGUCCAGGCUCCACACCCGCAGCAGCAGCAGCGCGUCCAGACUAUGCCGACGGCAAGAUCCAAUUUCUACGCGUCGACAUUGUCGUCGUCAUCGUCGACAAUGCAACCCUCAUCAACGUCACCACCGUCGUCGUCAUCAUCUUCGCCAACGUCUUCGUCUGCCUCGUCGUCGUCGUCAUCGUCGUACGAUAGCUACUACGCCUACCCGCUGCCGACGGCGACCACUUCGACGACGUCGCGGCUCGCCCUGUCCCACCACCAGCCGCAUCAGCAGAUGCCGCUGCAGGACUUUCUCGAUCGCUCGCUUGCGACCGAGAACGCCGCCUCCGCUGUUUCCUAUGGGUCCGGCGGCGGCGGCGGCGGCGGCCAGUCGACGUCGGCUCUUCACAACCACCAGCGAGCGACCCUGUUGCAACAGUACCAGCACCAACGGCAGCAGAUGCAUCAACAGCAACAGCACCAACAGCUGUACCCGGGCGCUGGCGAUCAGUCGAGCACCAUCUCUGGCUACGCCGCGCCGCCGGUGUUCUCGAUGACGGCCGGGUUUCAGCAGCUGCAGCAGAAGCAGCAACAGCAGCCGGCGGCGGCGGCGGCGGCGGCAGCGGCGGCGGCGAUGCGGAUGAUGAUGGAGCCGGGCCCGGCGUGCGGCGUGCCGGGCCUCGGCGUGCCGUCGUAUAUGAUCAACUCGGUCAGCGACAUCAAGCGCCACUUCCCCUAUUUUGACGAAUGCUACUUCGACAAGACGCACUUUGUGGUCAACGACCUGCGGAAGCCGUAUCUGGUGAUGCAGUUCGUCAGCAUGGAUUCGACGGUGGUGACCGCCAGCGAUGCCUACUGCUCGCUCUCGGGAUUCACCCUACACGAGGUCUGUCACACCAAGAAGCUGGUCGCCCUCCUCCCGCGAAGCUACAAGAAGCGCAUGAUCCCGCUCUUUGUCCACAAUAACGAGCCGAACUCUACGACGAUACUGGAGACGGCGGGCCAGCUGGUGCGCAAGGACGGCCAAAUCGUGAGCCUCGACUACCAGAUGCAGUUCUUCUUCGAUGCCCAGGGCAAGGUGAAAUGGCUGUGCGCGUCCAUCGAGAAGAUGGUGGGCGUCGACAAGUCCUUCGUGUACAACAACUCGUACGAUGCGCAGAACGACGAGGAGCGGAUCAAACUACUGCGGGACCGGCUGCGGGACCAGGAGAAGCAGGAGUGGGACGAACUCAUCCACGAAUACCUCCGAAGCACGGCCCCGGUGCCCGUGCUCACCCUCACCCCGUGCCUCGAAUCCGACAUCGCCGCCACGCAACAACAGCAACAACAACCCUCUUCCAACGCCGCUUCUUCUUCAUCAUCAUCAUCUUCUUCUUCUUCUUCUACAGCCACGUCGUCGUUGACCCAGCAAGAUUUGCCGUCGACGCCGUCGUCAUCGUCGUCAUCACUGGCCUCGUCGCGAGCAGGGUCGGCCGGCGGAGUCUCCACCACUUCGUCGUCGGGCAUCAACUCGCCGCCGGUGUCGCCGCUGUCGCCCAUGACCACGAGCUGGCUGGCGGAAAUGCUCGCCACCCCGCCCAGCACCUCGUCCUCCGGCGCUGCCAACAACAACACCAGCGACAUGGGCUACGACUGCCCGUAG